AUGAUUUAUAAAUUCCGGCACCAGGGGAGCACUGAACCCUACAUUUGUGGUUGCUACUUCUUGGAACCUAUCAGAGGAGUUCGGAAGUACCUACCACAGGUGAAGCUAGAGGCUCACUCGACUAUUAUUUCGUCAAUAUCGCGGACGACUCUUACACAGACCUUCGUCAAUCCCGAUGCCACCAACACACUUACGGAGAUCCGCUAUACCUUCCCUCUCUUCGACGGUGUCAGUGUAGUAGGGUUUGUCUGCACCAUCGGCGAUCGCGUAAUCAAAGGCGUGGUCAAGGAGAAACAGAAAGCUCGAGAGGCUUACGAUGCUGCCAUCUCUCGUGGUGAAACGGCUAGUCUCUUUGAACGACUGCCCGACGCUUCCGAUGUGUUCACAACUACGGUAGGCAACGUACCUGCUGGGGCCACCAUCGAGGUCAACAUCACCUACCUCGGCGAGCUGAAGCACGAUGCUCAUGUCGACGGCAUCCGGCUUACAAUCCCCACCAGAAUUGCCCCUCGCUACGGCGACUACCCUGUCGAGUUGGCCAGUGCGACACCAACCUCGUCAGGUGGGAUUAAGAUCACGGUCGACGCCCAAGUUCCAGACGGAUCUCACAUCACUUCCAUCCAGUCGCCCUCGCAUCCGAUUGCUGUUACUUUAGGCAGGACUUCCGUAGCCCCGAAUGCGGAGCCUUCCUUCCAAAAAGCAUCCGCUACUCUUGCCCUGAGCACUGCAGAGCUUGAGAAGGACUUCGUUCUACAAUUGGUGGCGACCAAUAUUGGCAACCCAAAGGCUAUUUUAGAAUUGCAUCCUUCCAUCCCAAACCAGAGAGCAUUGAUGGCCACCUUGGUCCCAAAGUUCACGUUUCCGGCUGAAAAGCCUGAAAUUGUUUUCCUCUGUGAUCGGAGUGGAAGCAUGGGCCAUGAUAACAAGAUACAAAACCUCCAAGCUGCUCUACGUCUCUUCGUCAAGUCCCUCAGCGUCGGGACCAAGUUCAACAUAUGCAGCUUUGGCACAAAAUUCGAUUUUCUAUGGGACCGAUCGCGCACCUAUGAACAGUCAACUGUCAAUCAGGCCAUGCGGCACAUUGACACAUUCUCUGCGAACUACGGCGGCACGGAAAUGUACGAGCCUAUGGAAGAGACCUUCAAGCGCAGAUACACCGACAUGAAUCUCGAGGUCUUCCUCCUUACCGACGGUGAGAUCUGGCAGCAGGAUCGGCUGAUGAACCUUGUCAAUGAUGAAGUCAAAGCCAGUAAAGACACAAUACGUGUCUUCACGCUCGGAAUUGGAUCAGCUGUUAGUCAUUCCCUGAUAGAGGGUGUUGCACGUGCCGGGAACGGGUUUUCGCAAUCAGCGGCAGCGGGCGAGAACUUGAGCAGCAAGGUCGUGCGAAUGUUGAAGGGCGCGAUGUUUCCCCAUAUCAAGGACCGCUCGCUGGAACUCAAAUACGAAAAAAGCCCUGUCCACUCGGAAGAUUUCAGCAACGAUGACUUCGAAAUUAUUGAGAAGGUUGCGGCUUUGGAAGUGAGCUCAACCGGUGUCCUCACGUCUCCAUUGGCUGUCCAAGAGGAAUCACAGAAGGCGCCAAUCUCGCUCUUUGAUGAUUCCAUCAACCCUAAUACCGAGACGGGGAACGCCUCGCAAAAUGCCGAAGACCAUCACUCGCAUUUGCCACCCCUGAAAUGCCCGAAGAUUCUUCAAGCACCCUUCAGUAUUCCUCCCCUUUUCCCAUUCAACCGCAGCACCUUCUACCUUUUGCUUUCGGCAGACACAAUUCAGUCUACGCUCAAGUCUGUUAUUAUUCGCGGCAGUUCAGUCCAUGGACCUGUGGAGUUGGAGAUACCCAUUACUACUCUUGAAGAAAAGGGCGAGACCAUUCACCAACUCGCCACCAAGAAGGCAGUGACUGACCUCGAAGAAGGGCGAGGCUGGAUCUUCCAUGCCAAAACGACGGACGGCCAGCUUCUGAAGGAGAAAUACGAUGGGCAGUUCUCAGAUAUGGUCGAGCGUGAGGGGGUCCGCUUGGGUGUCCAGUAUCAGGUCGGAGGAAAGUGGUGUUCUUUUGUUGCCGUGGAU